CUGUUGCACACCUUUGCACACGCCAGACUCCCUCUCUCAUGACUGGAAAACUCAUCCACAGCCUCCACCACUGACUGAAAACCCCCAAACUGAGGAUGUUGCCCUGUUGGCAUUUUGCUGUGGUUCUUUGUAUCUUGCAGGUCCUUCGCACCAACGCUGACAUAGACGAUGGCAACUUCUUGAUGUUCAACCAGGAGCACAACAAGUGCGUAACAGUGGAGAGUGCAUCCUCUUUAACGUUGAUCCAGUGUGAUCCCCAUGCCAAGGAGCAGCAGUUUCGCUGGGUCUCCGAGUCGCGCAUCAUCAGUCUGUCUCUUAAGUUGUGUUUGGGGGCUGCGGAGAUAAACGACUGGGUGAAGGUGCUCCUCUACGAAUGUGAUGAGAACAAUGAUCUGCAACACUGGCAGUGCAAGACUGAUACCCUGUUUGGCCUAAAAGACCAGGACCUGCACCUGAACUGGGGAAACCGGAAUGAGAAGAGUUUAAUGAUAUACAAAGGCUCAGGGGUGUGGAGUCGUUGGAGGCUGUUUGGCACUCAGUUAGACCUUUGUUCAAAGGGGUAUCAAGAGGUUUUCACACUAGGGGGCAAUGGUUUCGGAAUCCCUUGUCAGUUCCCAUUUAAGUUCCAGGAGAAGUGGUACGCUGAAUGUACAACUGACGGCCGUGCAGAUAAGCGCUUGUGGUGUGCCACAGUAACUGACUAUGACAAAGAGAAGAGAUGGGGCUUUUGUCCAACCAAAGGGUCCUCUGGCUGGGACAUUGACCCAGUCACAGGAGUUCAGUAUCAGAGGAAUGCACAGGCAGCGCUGACCUGGUAUCAGGCCAGGAAGAGCUGCCAGCAGCAGGGAGCCGACCUUCUCAGCAUUGUAGAGCUGCACGAACAGUCUUACAUCUCAGGGCUGACACAACAUUUGGGAACGUCUUUGUGGAUUGGGUUGAAUAGCUUGAACUUUGAGAGUGGAUGGCAGUGGAGCAACGGAAACCCAUUCAGAUAUUUAAACUGGGCUCCAGGUCAUCCCUCCUCUGAACCAGGUCUCAACUGUGCAGCUCUUAAUGCCGGAAAAGCCUCAAAAUGGGAGAGCGGUGCCUGCACCAUGAAAUUUGGUUACAUUUGUCGAAAAGGAAACUCCACCAGUCUGCCCCUACCACCAAGCAUAGGGCCCAGCUUCUGCCCCAUUCACUGGGUUUCUUAUGCAGGACACUGUUACUACCUGGAGAGGAGUCAAAAGAUGUGGAAGGAUGCGUCGGCUGAAUGCCGCAAGGCUGGAGGAGAUUUGGCCAGCAUACACAAUGUAGAGGAGCAGAGCUUCAUCAUUUCUCAGUCUGGAUAUUUGCCGACGGAUGAGCUUUGGAUUGGUUUGAAUGAUUUGAGGAAUCAGAUGCUGUUCGAAUGGUCCGAUAACUCCCACGUCACCUUCACCCAGUGGCAAACUGGUGAGCCCUCUCAUGCCACAAACUACCAUGAAGACUGCGUCCUCAUUCGGGGAACGGAUGCAAAGUGGUCAGAUCACAUCUGUGAAAAAGCAUAUGGGUAUAUUUGUAAGAAGAAAGCUUCAUCUAAACCAAUAGAAGGCUCCCAAGGGCAAGUAAAUCCAGGCUGCAAGCACGGCUCCUAUAGGUUUGGUUCACACUGCUAUAACAUUGGAGCUGAACUAAAGAAUUUUGAGGAGGCAAAACAGGCAUGCUCAGAGGUUGGCGCUUACCUGGUAGAUGUGGCAGACAGGUAUGAGAAUGCUUUCCUCAUCAGUGUGGUGGGUUUGAGACCAGAGAAGUAUUUCUGGACAGGUCUUUCCAACACUGAAGACAGAAACACUUUCAAGUGGACGACCAAAAGGACGGUCACCUUCACUCAUUUCAAUGCAGGCCUGCCAGACAGACAUCAAGGAUGUGUUGUCAUGACAACUGGCGUUUUUGCCGGAUUAUGGGAUAUCAUCAGCUGCAGCGACAAGGAAAAGUAUAUUUGCAAGAAGCUGGCAGAGGGUAUACAGACGACAACUAUUCCUCCCACCACCCCGGCCCUGAGCUGUGCGUCCGGUUGGACCCCCGUGGACAACAGGAAUGCCUGCUACAAAGCAUACAGAAAGACCAAAGACCUUAGGAAGACUUGGCCUGAAGCCCAGAGCUUCUGCAAGGCCAUUGGUGGAGACCUGAUGAGCGUUCACAGUUCGGAGGAUCUAGACAGUUUACAGGUUCUUGGCUCUGAGCAAGCCUGGAUAGGCCUCAGCCUACAGAGCACCACCGAAGGUUUUGCCUGGACUGAUGGAUCUGCUUUCAGCUAUGCGAACUGGGGCUUUGGGGAACCAAACAACCACAAUGACAAUGAACAUUGUACAGAAGUCCACUUUUAUUAUGGAAGGCAUUGGAACGACAGACACUGUGAGUUUUACAACAACUGGAUCUGCCAGAUACGAAAAGGUGUGACUCCCAAACCAGAGCCUGUUGUAGUUCCCGAAGUAUACAACACCACAGAAGAUGGAUGGAUCAUAUAUAAUGACACUCAGUACUACAUCAACAAUGAAAACAUGCCGAUGGAAGCUGCGAGAGCUUACUGCAAAAAAAACUUUGGUGAUCUUGUAGUCAUCACAGGCGAGAGCGAAAGAAAGUUCCUCUGGAAACAAAUAGCAAAAGGCUCUGAAGGGCAGUACUACAUUGGCAUGACAGUGAAUUUGGAUAAAUCAUUUAGCUGGCUGGAUGGGACACCUGUGACUUACUCUGCAUGGGAACACAAUGAACCCAACUUUGCUAACAAUGAUGAAAACUGUGUGACUAUAUACAGGAGUAUGGGCUACUGGAAUGAUAUUAAUUGUGGCCUUGAGCUUUCCUCUAUUUGCAAAAGAAACAACAACUUUAUCAAUACAACAUUGGCACCAACCACAGUUCCUAAAGGAGGAUGUGCACCUGAGUGGGUUGCUUUCCAAGGCAAGUGCUACAAGUUUUUUGUGGGAAAUGAUGCUAAAGUCUGGCAGAAGGCCAGGACACACUGCCAACAAGAGGGAGGAAAUCUGGUGUCCAUCGUCAAUGAGAAAGAACAAGCAUUCAUGACGACACAACUGUUACGUUACAAUGACGAUUUCUGGAUUGGCAUGAAUGACGUCAACUGGGAGAUGCACUUUGUGUGGACUGAUGGGAAAGGCGUUUCAUACACCAACUGGGCCAAAGGGCAACCCACGUCAUCACCAGAUGGACGCUUUUAUAUGGAGGAGACGUUCGACUGUGUGAUCAUGGUGGGGAGUAUCAACAAACAAAAAGGACACUGGAAGGUGGAGGACUGUGGCUUAAAACGUGACUUCAUCUGUAAAAAAAAUGUUGAUUCCCAGAUUGCAGUCGCACCCACCACUGUGUCACCAAAGACAUUUUACAAGCUUGGCAACGACUCGUUCAAACUGGUGGCCCAGAAGAUGAGGUGGGACGAGGCUCGGAGACAGUGCCAAGCAGAUGAUGCAGAUCUAGCCAGUGUCCUAAACCCUGUAACUCAGGCAUACAUCACUCUGCUGAUUUCCAAGCACAAUGAGCCUGUCUGGAUUGGCCUCAACAAUAAUGUGACUGGUGGUCGCUUCAAGUGGGUUGAUAACUGGGUUCUCUCUUACACCAAAUGGGGCCUAAAUGAGCCUAAAAACAACUAUGGCUGUGUGUAUAUGGAUGUGGAUAAAACAUGGAAGACAGCACCGUGCACCAGUACCUACUACUCUAUUUGCAAAAGGUCACCAGACAUCGCUCCCACUGAGCCGCCACAGCUUCCUGGCAACUGUCCAGAGUCAAAGAGGAAAAGAAAUUGGAUACCCUUCAGAGGCCAUUGUUAUUCCUUCCUCAGCUCAGUGUCGGAUAACUGGGCCCAUGCCUCAGUUGAAUGUAUGAAAAUGGGUGCUAGUCUACUGAGUAUUGACGAUCCUGCUGAGGGGAUGUUCAUACAGCAGAACCUAGAACUCCUUCAGGAUGGUGCCAAAACCUUCUGGAUCGGUCUUUAUAAGUCCCAUGAUGGUCAGUGGAUGUGGAUUGAUAACAACGUUGUAGACUAUACAAACUGGAAACCAGGAAUGCCAAAGUCAGAGUCAUGUGUGGACAUCCAUUCUGUAAGCGGAGAGUGGAGUACGAACAGCUGCAGCAGAUAUCGGUCUUAUAUCUGCAAAACACCUAAAAUUAUUACACCCACAGAAAAACCUCCAAUUGUUGAUCAUAUCGUUCAAGAAGCUUCACAUGGGUCUGCGGGCAUCAUUGUUGCAAUAAUGCUGGUUGUCAUUGCCGUAGCUGGACUUGGUGCAUUCAUUCUCUUGCGUAGACGGACACCCGCGGCUGUCAUGGAAGAGAGCACCUUUGACAACAAGUUAUACUUCAGCAAUCCCAACCGAGCCCCUGUGGACACCAAAGGCUUAGUGGCUAACAUAGAGCAGAAUGAGCAAUCAUAGAAAGGGAUAAAACCAAUCAGCACUGUCAAAAUAACGGGAUAAGAGGUUUAAACACUUUACUUCAGAUCAUUUUACAAUGAAAAGGACCUCAAAGUAACCCUGUAGUGUUCUUUUUCAGGAUUUCAAAGGACUGGCUCAAAGAUUCUGGUUAUUAUAAUUAUCAAGAACGGGCACUGCACUUAUAAAAUUAGACAAAAAGAUAAUACUCUUAAAAAGAAAAAUCAAGAAAAAAAAUAUCAUCAUGUGAUUAAUGAAAUGUGUACAGAUUUUGGGGGAUUUUGCAUAUCAGUGUAACCAAGAGUAUCUACAUGUUCAAAAUUGAGAGAGAUGAAUAUGUUUUUUAAAUCAGUCUGACAGAUCUCUCAUCGGGGGUGCUUGUUAAUAUUCUCCAAUGAUGAGGUUUUGCCUUACUUGUGAUAUUGUAAAUAUUGAAUAAAUAAAUGGAUAAAUAACUGAGUUUUUUUCUCAUCCAGUCAACCAUAAAAAAGGAAAAUUUGAUCUACUGAUUAAAUAAUUAAUGAAUCCUUUUGUGCUCCUGAGACUCCACAAACGCCACACACCUCUAACUUCAUCAGCACCAUUUCUUAUGAUUUGAACAAUCUGGAUGUAAAACUAUUAUCAAAAAAUGGUUGGUUCUUUAUAUCAGUCACAGUUAUAAUUAAACACAAUUCAACCAAUAA